CUUCCCCCCGCCUUCCCGGUCACAUGAUGAUGACAGGAAUCCCCUGCCCCUCGCUCUGUCGGCAGCAGCUCCUCCCUGUAACCCGGAUGUGGCUGACGGCUGCUGCAUUGGCGCGCUGCAGAGCGGAUUACAAAGCCGACAGCAGAGUGUAGUACGCGGCAGCCGGGGGACAGCUGCAGGAGAAUGCAGGCUUUCCUGAGAGGGGGCACCUCCAUCAGCACCAAGCCCUGGAAGGAGAAGACCCCAGCAGCCGGUUCUGGCAGUGACAGCAAGAGGCAGAAACCAGUCCCUUGGGUGGAAAAAUACCGACCCAAAUGUGUGGAUGAAGUUGCUUUCCAAGAUGAGGUGGUGGCUGUGCUGAAAAAGUCACUGGAAGGCGCAGAUCUCCCUAAUCUUCUAUUCUAUGGGCCACCCGGAACUGGAAAAACCUCUACAAUAUUGGCAGCAGCCAGAGAGCUCUAUGGACCAGAAUUGUUUCGUCAACGAGUACUAGAAUUAAAUGCAUCUGAUGAAAGAGGAAUACAAGUUGUUCGGGAGAAAGUAAAAAACUUCUCUCAGCUCACAGUCGGUGGGACCCGUACUGAUGGCAAGCCUUGCCCUCCAUUUAAAAUAGUUAUUCUGGAUGAAGCAGACUCUAUGACGUCAGCUGCGCAGGCUGCUCUGCGACGCACUAUGGAGAAAGAGUCUAAGACGACUCGCUUCUGUCUGAUUUGCAAUUACGUCAGCAGAAUAAUUGAACCUCUAACAUCUCGAUGUUCUAAAUUUCGGUUUAAACCAUUGGCUGAUAAGAUACAAACCCAAAGACUGAUGGAUAUUUGCCAAAAAGAAAAUGUGACUAUUACAAAUGAGGCAAUAACUUCUCUGGUUGAAGUGUCCGAAGGAGACUUGAGGAAAGCAAUCACAUUCCUACAAAGUGCCACAAGGCUUACCGCAGGAAAAGAAAUUACAGAAAAUGUGAUAACAGAAAUAGCUGGGGUGAUCUCUAAGGAAACACUAGAUGAAGUGCUGGCUACUUGUCAAAGUGGAUCAUUUGAGAAACUAGAAACAGUGGUAAAGAAUUUGAUAAAUAAUGGUCAUGCAGCAACACAGCUUGUAAACCAGCUGCAUGAUGUCAUUCUUGAACGAGAGGCUCUGACUGAUAAGCAGAAGGCAAUUAUUGCAGAGAAACUUGCGGAAGUGGACAAGUGUUUGGUUGAUGGAGCAGAUGAAUAUCUACAAAUGCUCAGUCUUUUUGCAGUUGUUACGCAGCAGAUGACUCAGAACAACUAGUACUGCUUCUCUUUCCUUGGACGAGUCACUAAUUUUGAAAACCUGCUAUUGUAUAAAUUGUAUAAGUGCAUUCAUUUUGAUUAAAUAAAAAAAAAACUGAGAA